CUCCAUAUCCAAAGCUCGGCUGCAUCGUCUCGUGCCGCAUCUCUUGGACUUUCGCCUUUGGGAGUUCUGAAGUGCUGCUUAAUUCUACCAUGUUUGGCGGAUGAGGAGGAAAUCCUUCGUGUUGGAAAGAGCGUCCACAGUGUGCUGAAGGUGCAGGGGAACUUGUACUACCGAAUUGGUGAUAGCUUGGAAGACGCCAGCCUUGACCGUCCACGGGACGAUCAUUUCGAGUUGCGGUGUGACGACGAAAGACUGACGGAGGAGAAGUUUCGUCAGUUUGCGCGAUAUCGAGUCAAG